AUGCCGUUAGGACCAUGUUUGGGCGGCUCAUGGCUGGGGGCGAUGUGCCAGAAGAGCACCGGGAGAAAGAGGAAAAGAAGGGCGGCGAUGACGACCGUGAUCGCUCUCGAGAUCGCCAUCGCGGGCGCGAGCGUGACCGUCGAUCCCGCUCCCGCUCACGUCGACGAUCAAGGUCUCGACGACGCUGAGCCAAUCCCCAGUUCCAUGUCAGUUUCGCAGGAUGCGAGUGUUGACAUUCAAGUGGACAGGUGCGGGGGGCUGGAUGCUUGUGUCCUACCCUUGCCAGCGCUCCAGCAGCAUGAUGCCCAAGCAGCCAAGUACGACAAGUACUCACGCUUAGACUGGCUGAGGCGAGCCUUCAAUGCGGCCUCGUUAGAAGAUCAGGAGGACCUACCCAUCCCGGAGGCGCGAGAUGAGGCUAGGCAUGCAAGGAACAACUACCAUCUCUACGAGGAGAUUGGGCAUGGCAAGUUCUCGAAGGUUUACAAGGGCCGGAAGAAGUUCACCAUCCGCUUCGUCGCCGUGAAGAGCUUCGAGAAGAGCCGGAGGGAGAAGGUCCUGAUAGAGGUGGACAUCCUAUCGAAGCUGAACCAUCCGAAUGUGCUCGGCCUCAUCAACUGGUAUGAGACGCGAAAUCACCUAUGGGUGAUCUUUGAGUACUGUGCCGGGGGUGAUCUCCUGAGGCUGCUGAAGCAAGACAGCAGCCUCCCUGAAGACCAGGUGAGAGCCUUUGGUGUGGACAUCUGCGCUGGCCUUUUGCACGUGCACUCGUGCGGCUUCGUGUACGGCGACCUAAAGCCGGCCAACAUCCUCUUCGACGAGAACGGAUCGCUGAAGCUCUGCGAUUUCGGGCAGGCCCAGCGCGUGGACGACAUCGAGCGGGCCCUGGCGGAGGGCCGGCAGCCCCCGCGCAAGGGCUCCCCGCAGUACAUGGCCGCGGAGCUCUUCCUGGAGGGUGGCAUUCACUCCUUCGCCUCAGACCUCUGGUCACUGGGCUGCGUCCUCUUCGAGCUGCUCAAGGGCGCGCCGCCCUUCAACUCUGUGUCUUUCCAGCAGCUGCAGCACCUGGUGCUGUCGGAAGUGCCUCCGCCUACAAGGGCCUCGCGGGACUUCCAGGACCUUACGAUGCAGCUACUGCGGAAGUCUCCGGUCGAACGUAUCACGUGGCCUUCGCUGCGUCUACAUGGCUGGUGGGGCGGCCAGGCGCCGGGCGACAGUCGCGAUGUACAGGUGCUGGCCGGUGAGCGAUUGGGCUUCCUUCAGAGAUCUUAG